UUAUAGUAAGAAACAUGUUGAAACUUGUGGUAUUUGUAAUCUUUGCUCUGUUAAGUGUAGCAGUGUUCGGUCAAAACGAUGGACGGUAUCGGCCAGAACCAUCCCGCUUGGAAUAUCCAUCUAUACCUUUAAGCCCAUCAAGGCCGGGACAAUACAGACCAGAUCCUGGUAGAUAUAUACCAGAUAACUCAGGUCGUUACAAUAAUGACGAUGGUAAAUACCGUCCCGACGAUUCAGGAAAAUAUUCUGGAAAAGCUGACCCUUAUAAAUAUGUUGAUGUUGGCGGAGGAAAAUAUAAAGGCAGUAAAGAUAUAAUUUUGCCAUACAAAGACUUCCAAGGGCCUGGCGGGCCAAGUUAUAAUGACCAAUACGCAAGAGGUCAGUUUAAUUCACCAGCUCCAAUACCAACGAUACCAUUAGCAAUUCCAUCCAUACCUUCAAGUUCAUUAAGACCUGGACAAUACAGACAAGACCCAGGUAGAUAUCGACCAGAUAACUCAGGUCGUUACAAUAAUGACGAUGGUAAAUAUCGUCCCGACGAUUCAGGGAAAUAUUCUGGAAAAGUUGACCCUUAUAAAUAUGUUGAUGUUGGCGGGGGAAAGUAUAAAGGCAGUAAAGAUAUAAUUCCACCUUACAAAGAUAUACAAGGUCCUGGCGGGCCAAGUAAUAAUGAUCAAUCUGCAAGAGGUCGACCCAAUCCAUUAGCUCCAAUAGCUCCGAAAGCACCUUCAACUCCACGACCACCAUUGAAUAUUAUAUAUGUGAGUGGUCCUGGUAUUGGAGAUAUUAACAGUCAAUAUACAGAUGCAUAUGGACAAUCCACACUUGGAUUACCCAUUGGUUUGGAACAAGGAAAUGCCGCUGGAUUAUAUGAUAAUCGUAAUUAUCGUAUUAUUGUUGACGAAAAACAACCACAGCGCGACGGAGAUUAUCAUUACAAAUAUGAAACUGAAAAUAGAAUAUUCGGUGAAGAAACUGGUAAACAAGUUGGAUCUGGAGAUGAUGCUGGCGCCGAUGCAACAGGAUAUUAUAAAUAUACAGGGCCUGAUAAUAUUGUAUACACGGUGAACUAUCAUGCUGGAGAAGAAGGAUUUGAGCCUGAAGCUGUACACAUACCAACACCACCGCCUAUUCCUGAAUUAAUUCUACGUUCUUUAAAAUAUCAACGGGAAGCUGGUGAAUUGGACAAUGAGUCAAUUUUUGUAUAUUUAGCUAAUUCAAAUUGACUUGUAUUUUUUACCAUUAAAAAGAGAAGAAAUUAUUUAUUUUUCUUAAGAAAAAUGUAUUCAAGAAUUU